AUGUUGGUUUCAGUAGUGCACCUGGUUGUCGCUCUGAGAAAUAUAGAUCACACUGGCUCGGAAUCAUGUCCUAUAACCCAGAAAAAGCGUGUCGAUACUGCAAGUCUUUGGCGCACAUCGACAAAUACUGCCCUGAGCAUAAGUAUUGCAUCUACUGCAAAGGGAACCAUAACAUCAUCUCCUGCACGUAAUCUUCGUGCAGGAGAUGCAAAACUAAAGGACAUCAUCAAGUUGUCUGUCCAAAUUCGCCAGAAUGUACGUUGUUACGCAGAAGAAAGUACUUGCACACCAUACAGAUCUGCUGACGCUUUAAACAUUGGCUUGAGCCCAGUUCCAGAUAGAUCUAAGCAGCAUGGAAUAUUCUCCACCACUUCCAAGAGACUGAUCUCGACAUCAGAAUUAAAAUCCUUCAAGAGACAGAAGACAUCGGGUCAUUACUCUUUAGUUAAUCUGAAUAUCUCUGUCCAGUCACCCGAGCAUUCAGAAAAGAGGUGGUUUGCUAUCGAUGAAAACGUAAGAAAUAAAUUACUACCGGGAUCUUCAUCGCCUCAUUGUAACUACCCCGAGAUUAUCAAUGAGCAUGGUGGUGCAGAUACAGUAGCAGAAUAUCUUAUUCAGCUUAUAAAUCCGCAUAUUAUCCAGUUUCAGGGCCAUGAAGUAACCAAUGCCGCGCUGAACACGAUCGUCGCUUUGCAAAUUGAUAAUGAUGAGCCUUGGAAUAUGCCUUCAGGAUACGCAAGUUUAAUCUGUGAUGACCGAGAUCCAUUGUGGUGGAGAUUAUAUGUAGGCCAAUGCUCUUUAUCAUGGCGGCGAAUUGUGUGCCAACAUGCUCAACAAAUCAUGAACAAUUCAACAGCAAGCCUCUAUUAUUUCAACCUGUGGAUAGGAAACGGUCACCGAUAUGCUAGAUUUAUCAAGCUUUGGAGUUUCCCUAAGGACACGGUGAAUGAUACGUGGUACCAAGCCUGCAGCAAUCUGCUUGAAGCUCUAUUUUGCAAAGCUUUCAGAACCCACCAUGGAAUGUUGAAUCGACUGGGCUCGGAGCACCAGGAUGAUGGCAAGGCCUCAAGCUCUGGCUUGGGAUGGGGUCUUAAUAUAAUGUCACCGCUUGUGCAGGGGAAUACAGCCCUGAACAAGGAACUUCGAACCAAGGCAAAUGCUGGUCCUAGUAAGGCACCAGACCGACAGAUCCAGCACUGGGCCGUUUUCAACUCACGACAGAAGUCAGCUGCUGGUAAACAGAGGGAGGUGGGUGGGAAAGGAAGCAAUCGGGCCGUGUUCCAGAGAGACUUUGACAAAGCAUUGCGACUCGCUCUGCACAAUGACGAAGGGGCCUUUGAGGAGGUCAAAGAAUCACUCCAGCUACAACAAAAAGAACCCGAUCUCAGUGAGGAUUUGGCUUAUAUACCAUUUUGUGGUAGUUUAACCUCCGAGGUUGCCGCAAUUCUUGACUAUGCUGCUGUUUCUGGGGCGGAUGAUAUGCCUAUGAGGGCUAGUAAUAAUGACGACAACCGACAGACGCUCACAAUCCCAUGGUCCUUGGACGGAUGUGGUUUUACUGAAAACAACAUCCUCGUCUGGACCUACGACUUCCGGGAUUUUGCGAGUAUAGGCCUUAAGCAUCUCGGCCAUGACAUUACUGACAGAUCCCGGUGCCAGAAGAUUUCACGAAACUUUGCUCGCAACCAGCCAAGCCAAGAUCGUUUUCUUAUAUUUGCUGUUAACUUCAUCCCAUCGCUAAAGCACGAGAUUCGGCCGUUUUUCUGUGAGAACAGCAGUGUCGUCGGUUAUAUAUUGCGCCAAGCAAGGAAAGAAAGACUCGGGGGAGAAGCUCUGACUGCUGACACUGUGGACGAGGGUGUCCGACUCUGGCUAGCCAGAAGAAAUAUGGGAAAAGCUGAAGAUAUCAAAGAAAUAGAGAAGAUUGGUGGCUCACUUACUCGUGGCCUUCUAAUGGUCUUGAAAUUCCUUCCAAGAAGGCCGAAAAGCGAUGAGAACAAACCCAAAGAAAGAUGUUCGCAGCCUAGCGGAAGAAUCACUGAAAGAGUGAGAGUUCAUAAGCCCUUCGAUAUGCAGCAGUAUCAAAAGAUGGGAGACUUCGUUCACAAGCGUUUGGACGAGCGGGAAACAGACUACAGAAACCAAUUAUCUCAGCUGCGUGCCGAGACACCGUGGCCUCAAGGCGAGGGGAGUCUAUCUACCGGCCCCGAACAAGGAGGAAGUGAUGUGCCAUCCACCGAUCUGGAGUCUAUCGUAGCACUGAGAUCCUUUUCGCGGUUACAGGGCCAAGAGCCUCAGGCGGGCGCAGAAGAAAUGCAGAAACUGGUCGAACAGUGUCAAGCUGAGGCAGAGGAUAGGGACUACGAAACUCCCACGAGUAUCCUUCAAGGCCUUACAGCCAGAGUUAUAGACGAAGGUUUUCUUGACUCUGUGGAUGCCACUGCUGAACAGCCCGUCAUCGCCGAGACCGGUGACAAGAAGCGGCAGGGCGUGAAAAGCGUUGUGUGGAAAAAUGAAGGCGUCCAAAAUACUGAAUAUAGCUAUAAUCUCAAAGACCAGCUCAGGCGCCACAUCUUUAUUUACUAUUGCGAGAUUCUAUUCCCGGAUGAUAUGGAUAUCAUGGAUGGAAAGGUCUUUGUCAAACUAGAGCUUUGUCCUCGGGGAGAAACGCAUACAAGUCUAUAUGCAACCUCAAGCUCUGAAGCUCAUGAUGAUCCGGCCCUCCGUCUAGCUUUCCGGAUUAGAUACACCGAUUCCUUCGGUCGUGAAGUGGUAUACUAUGCAACAAAUUCGGCCAUGGGUAUGGUAUUCAAGGCGAACACCUUCGUGGAGGUUCUGGAGAAGAAAUCAUUGGAAGAGAUCUCGCAGUCCCCGAGACGGUUUAUCCACAUUGGUAAUGAAAAUACUGCUCAUCCUUUGCUUGAACGAUUUAGGCGUGGGGCACAUACCAGUCCACUGCCUCGUUAA